AACUCGUGAGCGGGGACGUAGAUUGUGGGGGCCCAGGGUAAUCAAUUCCUUCCUUGAAGACCAGUGGAGGUUCUUGGCACCUAUCAUCUCCACAUCCACACUGUUACACGAUUUUGGGGAGCGUACGAUGCCUUUCAUAUCCGGGGGCUCAUUGAGUCGACACGGUGCUUUCAGCACGGUGAUACAAUACGAAGUACAUUCCGCUCAUUUCGACAGCACAGAAGAGUCUUCACCUGCUAGCCGUAUAAUGGCGGUGAAAAUGUUCAGAAAGGACCGAAACCGAAAACACAGGACAAGUCAUUGGGAAAACGAAGUCAGGGUCCUUGAGAAAAUGAAGUAUCUGGGCCACGAUCACAUCGUUCGCUUUCUCACAGCUUUUCGACAUGGCAAAGGGCUAACUCUAAAUCAUUACAUUUGCUUCGAGUGGGCUAGUAGCGGCAAUCUUUUCGACCUUUGGAACGAAGACCCGCAACCGAGGUUAUCAGCACCUCUGAUUCAAGCCGUCAUUAAGCAAAUCGAUGGACUUGCACAGGCUCUGAAUGCAAUUCAUUACUUCAAAGGAUCGAACGGCGAAACGACUGAAGCAUCGCUCAUCCAUGGUGAUAUCAAGCCAAAGAAUAUACUUUGGUUCAGAGACGGCGGGGAAAUAGGCACCCUAAAACUUGGUGACUGGGGCGAGGCAAGACUGUAUGGCGAUGAAGACUCUGAAGGGGCAACCACAGCAACACGUAACAAUGACCAGAGCAGAUAUGGUACCCGUCGGUAUGAGCCACCAGAGGUCGAGACAGGAUUGGACAUUGGUGGUUCCGGCGCCAUCAAGAAUGGUCGUUCCCGACUAUACGACACUUGGUCCUUUGGGUGCUUAACCCUCGAGUUCAUCAUUUGGCUUCUUCACGGAAUGCAGGGACUGGAAAACUUUCACCAUGACAAUGUAGGAGAUUACGGCUUGUCGGACUCAUUCUACGAGAUCAAUCAUGAGAGGCUUGCCAAGGUGCACGGCGUUGUGAGUCACUGGAUGGAACACCUGGGGAAGGAUGCGCUCUGUGAGUACGAGUCCUCGGCACUCGGUGACCUCCUCGAUAUUGUUCGAAACGGACUCCUCGUGGUCAAGCUUCCCCAAGGUGGCGGAAGUACUAAAACCAAGGUCAAAAGUUACUCACGGUUCAUACUCCGAGACUAUCAGGAAACCAAGGGGGAGACGGCUGGAGCUAUCAUGCACGAAACUGUCAUGGCGAAAUGUGCACCGGUAGCCGCUGACACGCCGUCGAUCGUCAUCAUCAGUCCUGCGCAGGAUGAGGGGGCAACGCCUGUGGGAUACGAAUGCAGCGAUGGAGAUCGGUUAGCGCAUCAGAACAAUGUGCCUUUGUCAGAACCAGAUCUAGAGCGUUUCCGUGCCAUUGAGCUGGUUCAAAAUCUGGACCGAUUACGUCAAAGGGAACACUCGGACGGUUACUGGUUCCAGGAUCUCCCUCGCUGCCCGAUGCCCCCAACUUUCAGAGGGAGGGCCUCACUGAGCAAGAUACCACUGCGGGUGAGAGGGAACUAUGAUUAUCCCGAUCUUGACCCAGAGGACUGGCAGAUACGUCCGGAUAAUGACUUCGCCGCCAGCAUAUUUGACCGUCUCGUUAAGUCUGGCGUCUUGUCGCCACCAUCCACAACGCAAGUCACGAGCCACCUGUGCGACAAAUGUCAUGAAUUCGAGCGAGAAAUUUGGAGUCCUUUUUUCAGCAUGACUUACGAAACGAAGCUGUUGUAUCAGAAUGCAGCAUCGCACACUUGCGACCUGUGCGCUCUAUUGUCGCAGGUCUGUCAGGAUAACGCUAGCUCAACCCACUCUAGCGUGAACUUCGAGCGACGAAACUCUACAGUCAGGAUGAGUAAUAUUAGACUCCCGGUUCUAUCACUAUUCCGUAACUAUGACCCCCAUAGCAUCGUCAAUGAUGUUCAGACAGGCUUUGAUGCGCUCCCGAAAGCCGGAACCGCCCUUCAUCUUGAGUUGUUAUGUGGCUGGCUUGAACACUGCGAUAACGAACAUUGGAAGGACCCAAAAUGCAAACCCUCAAGGUUUAAGAAAUCCGCAGCCGGUUCGAUCAUCAAGCCUCCGACCCGCCUGAUUGACGUCGGCACCGCGGCAGAUAGGACUGUAAAGCUGCAGGAGAUGAAAGAUGAUGAAGGCGGGGAUUGGAUCGCCUUGUCUUAUCAAUGGGGCUCGCCACCUCACUUCUCAACAACUCGGCGUAACAUUAGCGAUAUGUAUGCUGGCGUAGAAGUUGAAGUACUCCCCCAGACCUUUAGAGACGCCAUCACCAUGACAAGAGCAUUAGGGAGACGGUAUCUCUGGAUCGACUCCGUCUGUAUCAUACAGGGACCGGAUGGUGACUUUGAAAGGGAAGCCAGAACUAUGGAAGACGUCUACAACGGCGCGUAUUGCGUACUGGCUGCUUGCUGCGCCGAGGGUCAGACUUCGGGCUUUCUAACGCCUAGAGUGACUCGACAUCAAGUUACACUGGACUCAAAGCAUCAAAACCACGGCAUCAUCCAUGUGUGCCAAAUGAUCGAUGACUUUGACAAACACGUCCUCAACGGAGACCUCGCAAAGCGUGGCUGGGUCCUCCAAGAGCACGCACUUGCUCGCCGAACGAUCUUCUUCACCAAGUACCAGACAUACUGGGAGUGCGGCCAUGGCAUACGUUGCGAGACGAUGGCGACGCUUUCCAACGAUCAUGCGUCUUUCCUUGGCGACCCUGACUUUCCCAAACGCCUGGAACCAGCCGAACAUGGCGAAUUUGUCCUACGGCUCCAAGAAUUGCUGAAGCAAUAUUCGCGGCUGGGCUUAUCAAAGGAGCACGAUCGCUCCACAGCGAUUGCUAGCCUCCAGCAACGUCUGAUGAGAGUAAUGAACCUUCAAGGCGAAUAUGGAACAUUCGAUAGUAGCGACAACCCAGGUCUACUUCGUCGCAGUCUCCUCUGGCAUCGGUCCUUGGACGUGAAGAGCUUAGCUACGAUAUCCUACCCAAGGCAUUAUGAAGUUCCCUCCUGGUCUUGGAUGUCAUGUUCCGGGCCUAUAGACUACUUCCCGCUGACAUUCUACGGCUUCGAUUGGCAACGCUUGGAAGUGACAUGGUCGGAUACGAAGGUUGCAGGUGGGAAGACGCGUCUCGGUGCUGCGGUGCAGCAGCUCGAUCUGACUGCAGUCAACCCUUUCGAAGCGGAUAUCAUCUUUGACAUCCCUGCCAAGGUGGAUGAGAAAAAGAUGAUGGCGGUGGUUCUGGGUGUCGAGAAGGGAGACGCCACACUAGGAGACAAGAAACACUAUGUCCUAGUUGUAACCUCGAAAGAAGCUUGGGGACAUGCAUUGUACGGACGGGUUGGCGCGGGUCACGUUCCUGGGAGAUGCUUAGUAGGGGAGCCGGAAGAUUGCUUGCUCAUCUGACGGAUGGACUUUGUUGUACUGGGCAUACUUCUACUGUCGUUACAUCUUAUUGAGACAAAGGCCACGUCUACCUUCCAAGGGUUUCAAGAAUACAUUAGAUUCUUCUCG